GAGACAAAUUCCUUGUGUGUUUUUAACAUACUUGGCAAAUAAAGAUGAUUCUGAUUCUGAAAGAACAUUCUGGAUAUUAAGUUCCCAUUUCCGCCUUCCGUUUUGAUCCGAACGUAUUUAUCUUGGGGACUCUGUCAAAUGACUUAAUGCUGGUAAACACUUCCGGUAGACCACCUCCAUUUGAUGUCUUCACAGCUCCUCUGCCAUCCGACUUCAGGCAGGAUUUCAUCCUUGAAGGCAGGAUGACGACAGCUCCGUAAGGAUCCCGGUCCACACGCCCAGAUGUUUGGACGCAGCUAGCGUGAGCUGUGCACGCAAGAUGGAGUGCCUGAGGCAUCUAGAUGUGGUGGGCGACAUCAGCCCGGCUCUGGAGGCCACCGAGGACUUGGCCGCCCCAGGUGCUCCCGCUCCUGACGAGAAGCAGCCUAAGAAGCUCCAGGAGGCGUCGUCGAGCGCCACGCUGGCCAGGCUGAGCUCCAGCGGCGUGUGGAACCUCCUGGUGGGACAGCAGCCUGAGGUGGGCCCACUUGGGCUGGCCUGGGCCGACGGCCUGAGCGUAGUGGGCCUAAGGCCCGGCAAGAGGAACCGCGCGCGAUCCACCAAUGACCUGCUGGCGCACGGCAAGGAGGGCGCCAACCCGGCCACCGGCACCGCCAAUGAUGCCUUCAAGAAGGGACACAACAGGUCCAGGUCCGACGUCAACUACCGGACGGCUGGCUACACUGACAACGGGCUCCCCACUGAGGACACUCUGAAGAACGCCAUCGUCACCCAACAGACGGAAGGUGAAAAGGGGAGCAGCAAUAGCUGCAUGGUGUUGAAGCAGGCCGAGAUGGAGUAUCGCGAGGGCCUGCGGGGCCGCUGGAGCGAGUGCCAUGCGGAGCUGACGCCCUGCGAGCUGCGCCUCUACACGUUGGACAGCAGCGCCAACCGCCAGUUGGGCACCGCCUACUCGCUGUCACACUGCCAGGGCGUGGUGGCACCCGCGCCCUGCCAGCCCGCUGAUACGCGCAUCCUGCAGGCCGUCUUUUUCAACAGUACGCGGGUGCAGCUGAGGGCCGCCACACAGUGGGAGGCGGCCGAGUGGCGGCGCCUAAUAUGGGAGAAGGUCCUGGCUGUGAGGCCUGCCAGGCAGAGGAAGGUGGUAGUGGAGAAGGUGGUCACCUUCCCCGACGCAGCCACCUCGGACGGCAUCCCCCCGCUGAGCCGUCCCACGACUCUGCCCCUGUUCAACCAGCGAUGCCAGGACGUCCUCAAAGCGGGGCUCCUGCACCAACUCUUGGAGCAAAACAACUGGUGCGCCUUCACCUUUGUCUUGAACAGAACCACUUUACAGGCGUUCCCCACCGAGGGGCGCGGCCCAGUGUCGCGCCCCGUUCGCCAGUACCUGCUGGCCUCCUGCCUGGGUGUGCACUCAGACCCCGAGGCCCCGGACCAGGGGGAGCGCUUCCAGGCGGUGUUCACCGACGACGCGCUCCGACUCAAAGCCGACACUGCCGCCAAAGCCCGGGAGUGGACAGAGGCCCUGAGGGGGGCGGUGGGCACCCGACGGCCGGCCCGGGAGGAGUGCGGUGUCCCGCUCCCGCAGGGGGUGCUCUUGAGGUCCAGAGAGAGGAGGCAGAAGGAGCAGAGAGCCAAGAGGCAGUCUGUCACCACCAGCUUCCUCAGCCUCCUCACCUGUGUCGCCCUGGAGAAAGGACUCACGGCUCAGGGCUUCACGUGCGCAGGCUGUCAGCGUCCAGUGGGCGCCUCCAGAGGCAAAGCCAAAGUGUGCCACUACAGCGGCUGGUAUUACUGUCAAAGCUGCCACCAGGACAAUACCUUCGUCAUCCCCGCUCGCCUGCUGCACAACUGGGACACCUGCAAGCACAAGGUGUCCAAGCAGGCUAAGGAGUUCCUAGAGUUUGUGUAUGAGGAGCCUUUAUUGGACGUGCAGCAGCUCAAUGGUGGACUGUACGAGCACUGCGAGCCCCUCAGCGCUGUGCUGCGUCUCCGCCAGCAGCUGCAGUCGCUGCGUGCCUACCUCUUCAGCUGCCGCGCCACCAUCGCUGAGGACCUGCGCCGGAGAAUUUUCCCUCGAGAGUAUUUGCUGCAGCACAUUCACCUCUACUCCAUCGCUGACCUACAGCAGGUGAUUGACGGCCAGCUGGCACCCUUCCUCUCAAAGGUCAUCAAGUUCGCCAGCGCUCACGUGCUGGCGUGCACAUUGUGCCGCCAGAAGGGCUUCAUCUGCGAGCUGUGCCACAGCCAAAGCCUCAUCUACCCUUUCCAGGACAGCGCCACCGCCAGGUGUUCAGGCUGCGCUGCAGUCUUCCAUGCCGAGUGUCGCCAGAAGUGUCAGCCGUGUCCCCGCUGUGUCCGACGCGAGCUCCACCACGCCAAACGUCCAUCGUCCUUCUGCUCCCCCGACGAUGACCGCCACCUGCCCUACCACCACGCUUGAGACGUGCCGCAACAUGGCUCAAGACGGCGUCAGUGUUGCACUAGGACCUCUUUUUACAGCGUCACAAAAUGGCGGCGGCUCAGCAGUGACUACAAAAUGGCUGCCACCGUUUGAACACGGGAAAUAAUCAUCAACGGCAAAAUAAUCAGUCAUGUUGUGAAAAGAAAAAUCAUAGAUCAUCCUAAAAUUUUCGCCAAACAGCGCCCCUACGAAGUUUUCUCACUAGUGUGGUGCCAAGUGGUAUUACAGCACAUUGUUUAUUUUGGCUUUAUUACCGAAACAGCACCCACCUAUGUUGCAAUUGUUUUCGAAACAUAAAACAAAAUGACAAUUACUGUGUGCCACAUUGCGACAAACUACAACUCAUAAUGUUAACGAAAAAAUUAUAAGCUAGCUUGAUGUUUGUUUGUUUGUAACAUAAAAACAAAAUGACAAUAAGCGUGUGUAACCUAUUAGCUAGUUAGUCUUUUUCAUUUUGGAUGUAACAGUAAAUUGUUAAACGUAGAUGCUACGGCGACAAAUUAUGACUCGUAAUACUAAUGAAAAAAGAAUGAGCUGGCUCAAUAAUUGAUCGUAACAUGAAACCAAAACGACAACUAGUGUGUGUAAACUAUUAGCUAGUAAGCUAUUUUUUUGUGAUUUCGAACAUAGUGAAUAUCUUUAAACAUAAAUGAUGCUGGACAAUCUACAACUUGUAAUGUUGACAAAAAGAAAAUGGUGCACUAGCGUGACGUUUUUUCGGAACAUGAGAAAAUGACAACUGUGUAACCUAUUGCUAGUUAGCCGUUUUCAUUUUGGACGUAAUAUUAACGUAGUUGAUAUUAUUGCCACAAACUAGGACUAGAAUAUUAAUGGGAAAAAAUGACGAGCAUGCUCAAUGUAGCAUAAAAACAAAAUGACAGCUAGCAUGUGUAAGCUAUAAGCAUUUUUAUAUUUCAAACGUAGCAUAAAUCUUUAAAUGUAAAGGACCCUGGACAAUCUACGGCUUGUAACGUUAAUGAAUAAAACAAUGAGGUAGCUCGACGUUUGUUUGUAACAAAAACAAAACGACAGCUAGCGUGUGUAAGCUUUUAGCUAAUUUUUUAUUUUGUACGUAACAUUAAAUUGUUCAACGUAGAUAACUAUUGCCUCAAACGUUUGUGAAAUAUGAACAAAAAAAUAUGAGCUGGUGCAAUGUUUGUAAUAUAAAAACAAAACAACUAGUGUCCGUUAGCAUUUUCUGUAAAGGACCCUGGACAAUCUACGGCUUGUAAUGUUAAUGAAUAAAAUGAUGAGCUAGCACGACGUUUGUAACAUAAAAACAAAACGGCAGCUAGCGUGUGUAAGGUUUUUGCUAAUUAGUCUUUUUCAUUUUGUAAAUAAAUUGUUCAACGUAGACAACUUUUGCCUCAAACUUGUGAAAUAUGAACAAAAAAAUUAUGAGCUGGCGCAAUGUUUGUUCGUAACAUAAAAACAAAACGACAACUAGCGUGUGUUAGCUGUUAGCAUUGUUCUUAUUUGGGACAUUGGGUAAAUCUUUAAACAAACAAUCCUGGACAAUCUACGACUUUAACGAAAAAAAUAGCUACCUUAGCAUGUUUGCAGCAGGAAAACAAUACUAGCCUGUAGUUAUUCUUUUUAAACAUUUUUUAUGUAGACUAUACCGACAAGCUACGACUAGUGAUGAUGAGUUAGCUGAACAUUUGUUCUUAACGUAAAACAAAACAACAACAAGUGUGUGUAAGCUAUUAGCUAGUUGGCCGUAAGGUUACAUGUAAAAAAAUAAAAAUAAAAAAUAAACUACAACUUGUUAAUUUAAAAAAAUAAAUAAAUAAAUGAAGAGCUCCCUUUCCAUGUGUUCAUAACAUAAAAACAAAACAACUAGCAUGUGUAAGUUAUCAGCUAAUUAGCCUUUUUGUUUAUUUUGGACGUAAUGUUAAUGUUAAACGCAGACAACUAUUAAUAUUCCAAAAACACGAUGAGUGAAUUUUAUACUAAUUCAUAACAAAAACGAAACAGCAGCAUGCAUGUGUAAGCUAAGGAGCGAUAAUUGUAUCUUAGCCCUGGCUUUCUCGCGAUAGCACCCUUAGCUGUUUUUUCCCCAGUUGUUACGACGUAAACUACGACCAAUAACAUAAACAAAAAUAAUGAGAAAACUUCACGCUGAUUUCUUACAUAAAAACAAAAUGACAAUGAUAAACAACUAGCGUGUGUAAGUUAAUGGGUGACAAUAUGAGGUCACCGCUAGUCUUGUCGUGACAGUGCCGUUAGCUCUUAGCAUAUCAGCCACUUUUUUUAUUUCGAACAUAGUUUGCCAUUAAGGCAUAACGACUGGUAAUGUUAACCAUUAAAAAUAAUGAGCGAAUUGUAUGUUAGUUUGUAGCACAAAAAAACAAUACAACUAGUGUAAACUAACAAUACAUAGGCUAUUUGUCCACUAGUUUCUGUUUUAUUUUUAUGUAAAAUUGCUUAUUUUUAAUCGUUAAAAUUAUGAGUUGUAGUUUGUCUUAAUAGUUAGUCGUCUACGGUCAACAAUUUACCGGUAACUUUACGUUCAAAAUUACAAAAAGAUUAGAAUUGUUAAAUGUAGACAACAAAAAUGACGUGAACUUUGACACAUAACAUUACCAGUAACAAUUAGAAAAUAAUGAUUGUGAUAAUUUUAUGUUAUCAUGCGUCUUGUCGUUGGAAUGGCAUUGACUAUUAGCAAAACGUUUUAUUUUGAACAUAGUUUAAUUGGUUCCGAUCUAAACUACGACUUAACGUUAACAAAUAAAAAGAUAACGAUUGCGACAAUUUGACAUUACCUUGUCUCUUAUGGUUAUUCCUGACCUCUUUGUUCGAUAUUAACAAAAUAAAUAAGCGAUAAGAUGCGAAGUAAGCCAAUGAGCGGCCAUUUGACCGUUAGCUAACAGUAUUACUAAGAUUCAGAUUGCACUAUUAGCAUCUCCUUGUUUGACUGUUGAAGGUUCACGUGGCGAUGCAGUUUUGUUUUUGUGAACAUGAACUAAUGACAUUGUGUCAAUAUUAUUAUAUUUCACAUCAUGUCAACAUUUGAGCCAUAAAAAGACAAACACAUGCUUUGCUUUUUAUUUGCAUUUUUAUUCAGGGACUAAAUAAAUCGUAACUUUGGCCAAAAGAUAUAUGUAUUAUGUAUUUUUUUUUUUUGUAAUUAUUAUUUUUGCUUUCAUUCACUGAUGGUGUAGUGGUACACUUGCCUGACUUUGGUGCGGGCAGAGUGGGUUCAGUUCCCGGUGUGGCGGUGUGAAUGGUUGUCCGUGUCUACAUGUGCUCUGUGACUGACUGGCGACCAGUUCAGGGUGUAGUGCGCCUUUCGCCCAAAGACAGCUGGGCUUGGCUCCAGCGCCCCGUGGCCCUAUACAGGAUCAGCGGUGUUGAAAAUGGAUGGAUGGAUUUUUGCUUUCAUACAUAUGAGGAAAAUGACUGAUGACUCCCAUUUUGAUUUUGCCAAGAAAUGUGUUUUAUGUUCUUUCUAAAGUAUGAAAUGAAGCACUCAGUUUGAGCUUCUCAGCUUGUUUUCUCCUUUCACUGUUGAUGGCCAAUAAAAAAAAAAAAAAACUCUUGAAGGGAAUUUUGCUGUCGUCAUCUUUGAUGAAGUGUUCAGGUUCAUUUUUCCACCAAACUGGUCAACAAUGAGGAUGGGGUUUGAACCCAUGCUCAAGAGCACAAUGGAUUAGUAGUCCAUCGCUUUUACCACUCAUCCACCUCAUCUUCUACUUGUGUAUGUCCACAGUGGAAGUUUACAACUAUGUCCUAAAUCUGCCAUGGUUUCAGUAAAUGUCACCUGUAAACGAUUUCAACCAUGCUGCAACAGUUCUGUUCCACCGGAGUUCUGUGUUUUCAUUUUCUAACAGCGUUCAAACUGUUCCGCCUGUUGUGUAAUCCACAUUUCACCUGUAUUUUGUUCCACCUGUGUUCUGUUUCCUACAGUAAAUGUGUCCCAACUCGGUUCGAAUGUUUCCCGCUAAUCGUUCAAUGUUCUGUGCUCAAGCUGUGUUCUACCUAUGCUCUACGUGUGGUGUAAAUAUGUUUCACCUGUGUAACUGUUCUGCCUGUAUUUGUGAUCUGUUACAUUUCUGUUUUGACUCUUCCACCUGUUCUCUGCUCCACCAGUGUUCUACCAAUGCUUCAACUUUUUCCACCCGUUACGUGGGUCAGUUAUGAUCUAACUGUGCUCCACAUACAGCAUGUUUACCUGUUCCAGCUGUGUUCUGGGUUUUUACUAUGGUUCCACCUAUUUUCCACAUUCUGUUCCGCCUUUGUUCUGUAAUCCACAUUUCACCUGUGUUCUAUUUUCCACAGUAAAUGUGUUAUACUAAUGUUCUGAGCUCCACCUGUUUUCUACCCAUGCUCUCAGUGUGGUGUAAAUGCAUUCCACCUGUGUUCUGUGCUCCAGCUGUUUUCCACCUAUGCUCUAAGUGUGGUGUGUUUCACCUGUGUUCUGACCUGUCUUGUAACUGUUCUGCCGGUGUUCUAACUGUGAUCUGUGUUCCAAUUUUGUUCUGACUGUUCCACCUGUGUUACAUCUGUUUUCUGUCGUUCAACAGUAAAAUGUUCCACCUGUGCUCUGUU